AUGGUGACAAAGGGUUAUAACUUUCUGUUUUUUCACUGUACAUCCUCCCGGGUUUCAGAUUUAGCAAUGGAUAUUCUUUGUGACGAGGAGAACCCAACUGCAAACUCCUUAAUCCAAUUAAAUCAUGAGCGAAGACUCUACAAAAAUGUUUUUGUGCCUGGAGAGGUUAAUGCAUCUCAUCUGUUUAACUUGACUGUGGACUCCGAAAACCUAACUAAUCUUUCAUGUGAAGGUAGCCUGACUCCGCCGUGUUAUUCAUCACUAUUUCAUCUUCCAGAGAAAAACUGGCCAGCUCUGCUGACAGUUAUAGUGAUUGUUCUAACCAUUGCUGGAAAUAUUCUUGUUAUCAUGGCUGUGUCACUGGAGAAAAAGCUACAGAAUGCCACUAAUUAUUUUCUAAUGUCACUUGCAAUAGCUGAUAUGCUGUUGGGUUUCCUUGUCAUGCCUGUGUCAAUGUUAACCAUACUGUAUGCAUAUACAUGGCCACUGCCUACAAAACUCUGUGCUGUCUGGAUCUAUUUGGAUGUGCUUUUCUCCACUGCCUCCAUCAUGCACCUCUGUGCCAUCUCUCUGGAUCGCUAUAUUGCCAUACGAAAUCCCAUCCAUCACAGCCGCUUUAACUCCAGAACUAAGGCUUUCACAAAAAUAAUUGCUGUUUGGACCAUAUCUGUUGGUAUCUCAAUGCCAGUACCUGUGCUUGGACUACAAGAUGAUUCCAAAGUGUUCAAGAAAGGUAGCUGCCUGCUGGCUGAUGAGAGCUUUGUCUUAAUAGGCUCUUUUGUGGCGUUCUUCAUUCCUUUAACCAUCAUGGUGGUCACCUAUUUUUUAACUAUAAAAUCACUUCAGAAAGAAGCUACCUUAUGCAUUAAUGACCUUGGCACAAAGACCAAGUUUGCUUCAUUUAGUUUUCUCCCUCAAAGUUCUCUGUCAUCAGAGAAACUCUUUCAACGCUCUUUGAACAGAGAGCUGGGGAAUUCAGGAAGGAGGACUAUGCAGUCAAUCAGUAAUGAACAAAAAGCUUCCAAGGUUCUUGGUAUCGUCUUCUUUCUGUUUGUUGUGAUGUGGUGCCCGUUUUUCAUCACCAAUGUGAUGGCAGUCAUUUGCAAGAAAUCCUGCAAUGAAGAAGUCAUUGGAGGACUGCUUAAUGUAUUUGUCUGGAUUGGCUACCUUUCUUCGGCUGUCAACCCAUUAGUAUACACACUGUUCAAUAAAACCUACCGUUCUGCUUUCUCACGUUAUAUUCAGUGUCGAUACAAGGAGGAGAAGAAGCCUUUACAGCUGAUUUUAGUGAACACCAUACCUGCUUUAGCAUAUAACUCCAGCCAACUCCAGCUAGCACAAAUGAAGAGUUUAAAAAAAGAGGCUAAAAUGAUGGCCAAGGAUUAUUCUAUGGUUACAAUCGGAAUACAUCCUUUAGAUAGUACCUCAAAGGGCAGUAUUAGCCCAGUCAGUGAAAAGGUUAGCUGUGUGUGA